GCUAGAUGUCGCUAGCCGCCAUUAAGUCAGCUGUCAAGCCCGCCACGCCAAGCCGCUACGUCACUUCCUACCGCGCAAGCCUUGCCGCCAAAUUUCAAGAGGUGGGAGGUGAAGUAGCCGCCAGCCAGCCAUAUAAAAGCCAGAAGAGUUGAUUGUGUGAUCGCAUUUGAUUUGUAUAAUUGUAAGGGGAAACUCUGCCCAAAUAAAACCACGUUAAUCAAGUCAUUUGUAUUUAUUUUAUAUCCGUGUCUUUAUACUCAGAAGUGGUAUUGGAAAAACCUACGAUGAAACGACGCUCUGCUACACUCAAACGUCGACGGUCUCCUUGCCGAGAGGACGAAGAUUCUGCGUCAGUAAGCCAGUUGUCCGAAAGUUCAAACGACGAAGGUCGAUGCACACCGCCUGCAAGGAAACUAUUGAAGAAUCUCCUAGCACAAGAAGUGGAAAAAGCAUUCAACGAUCUGGAACACGAAGUGCCUAUUCGUCGGAAAGAACACCGCGCCGCAUCGUUAAUUCCAGAAUUUGAUCCUGAAAACGAAGAAUGCACAGUUACCGCCUGGAUAAAAAAAAUUGAACAAUUAGGUCAAAUACACGGCUGGGAUGAUAAAACCAAGUCAUUUCACCUUCAAGACAAGCUAAGAGGACAGGCAAGAAAGUGGUACAAUCGUUUAGAUGAGUAUGAUUUCUCUUGGGAGCAGUGGAAAGAGAUGCUUCUUCGUGCGUUCCCUAAACACCGAGACUACGCUCAUGUUCUCGAAGAAAUGCUUAACAGAAGAAAACUACCAUCUGAAAGUAUGACAAAAUACUACCAAGAAAAAGUUGCUUUGUGCUUCAGAAGCAAAUUGUCGGAUAUUGCUACGGUGUCCUGCAUCAUACGAGGUCUGCCCUUAGCGUUGCAAUCGAAUGCAAGAGCAUUCCAAUGCGAACGACCUGACGAGUUGUAUGAGAAUUUUUUGUCUGCGCUCGAUGACUACAGAGUUCCUGCACCAGAUAUAAGAGGAGGGUACAAGGACAUGUCUCGCUCCGCAGAAAAGAAACCUGCCGCGAACCCUGACACUGACCCCUGUCCACGAUGCAAGAAAACUGGACAUUUACUUCGCAACUGUCCAUUGCCUGACCAACGCAGCUGCUAUAAAUGUGGAGCUCAAGGUCACAUUGCUCCACGUUGCCCUUCAAAUCUCAAAAAUGGAGCAACUCCGACAACUGACAGUGUGAAAGAAAUAAAGCUGCUUCAAAGCUACAACGAUAUUUACAAGAAGACUGCAAAUAUCAACGGUGCUUUUGUGAAAUCAUAUAUCGAUACGGGCAGUCAAGUAAAUGUGCUUACGAAGGAGGUAGCUACUCUUCUAGGUCUCGAAAUUAAACCUGUCUCCGUAUCCUUGAAGGGAUUCUCCGGCGGUUGCAUCAAUAGUAACGGUGAAGUCGAGUUCGAGCUUGAAAUUGACGAACUGCACAUGAUCUGUAAUGCAUACGUAACUGACAUCGACAUGAGUGGCAUAAAUCUUUUGAUCGGGCAACCAGUUAUAAACAGUGAAGGUGUGUCAUUAGUUGUACGCGAAGGCAAAGCUACGCUUCGGAAGGAACUCGGUUUAAUUUCCAAUCUAGAUGCUACUGAAGCUGUUAGCAGAUUUCGUGUCGUCACUGCUGCAAGUGAAUGCCUACCGCCAGGUGUCUCCAUUAUCAAGGUUCAUAUUAUUGGCAAUGCGGCCAGUGACCACGUGUUAACACCUGCAAAGCACUUCGAGUUCCAAGGAGUAUCCUUCUCUCUACCGGCAACGCUACUACGUGGACAUGAAGGCUACCUCAAAGUCAUCAACAGCGGAGCCAAGGACAUCGCAUGGAAGAAAGGAACCGUUCUACUCCGCGCUGAGAGCUGCCAAGAACCAUGCACAAAUAAUCAGGAUGGCCGAAUGUAACGCUAGAUGUCGCUAGCCGCCAUUAAGUCAGCUGUCAAGCCCGCCACGCCAAGCCGCUACGUCACUUCCUACCGCGCAAGCCUUGCCGCCAAAUUUCAAGAGGUGGGAGGUGAAGUAGCCGCCAGCCAGCCAUAUAAAAGCCAGAAGAGUUG